AUGGCGAUCGGUCACCUCCGUGCCUUCCUGGUUUUCCUCCUCGUGCAGGUCUGGCUGUUCUUGAUGAUGGUUGCGUCGGCGAAGGUGCAGGGAAGGCCUGUGGGCGUGGCGUCGGUUCCCGCAUGCUGCACCUACCACGUCGAGUGCUGCCAACGUCUGACGGCGGAAGCCCCGAUCGCCGCCACCGCUCUUCCCUGA